AUGGCUUACCGGGCCAUUGCCCAGGUCGAUCACGAUGCCGUUUCCGAUUCUGACACCUCCGAUCGUCCCUCCUCAGCACCCGCACAUCAUGGGUCCCAGAGCCCCGUGGAGCCUGUUGGCAGCGUGCAAGAGUCCACGGCGGCCGGGCAUCUGGGCUCCCUGAUCCAGUCAAUCAGAGGAAACAGCAGCUAUGAGAUGGUCGAGGACGAUGACUACGAGGCUGCCGAUCCCGACAGCGUCCAUGCUACUAGUAACUCCGCCCAAACCAAACCGUCGUCGCCCGGCGCUCAGCACGACCCAGGCCCCCAUGCUAGGCAUUCCAACCCUCCGCUGAACCCUCCGCGGUCGCAUUCCUCGUCGCCCGAGCCACUGGUGCGCACCUCCAGCGGCUCUGCCGUUCUCCGCCAUCCGACCCCCGAUCUGCAGUCGCUGCAGGGUGCCUAUGUUGGAAACAUCGAGCGGCUCGAGAAGAGCGCCGAGCGUCUGAGUAUGACUUCGUCCGACCUCGGGGCGGAGCUGCGGAAGCUGGAUUUGGAGCAGAAGAGACGUUCCUCCGCCUCCUCUGUCCUCCACGUCCCCGACUCUCCUGCGCGCCAAUUCUCCGCGGGGUCCGUGUCCAACUCCAUCAUCGGUGUCAACAGUGCUGCGCGUACAGGGGGGCCGGAGCACGAAGAGGACCACCAAGACAAUGCCGCUCCUGGCAAUCGCGAUGUGCCCCUUCUGGCGAAUCCUCCUCCGCCGCCGCCCCAGCGUCAGGGUCAGGAUUACGGUCAGGUUCAGGAUUACGAUCAGAAUCGGAAUCAGAAUCAGAACGAAGGGCCUGCCAUACCCUCUGACCAGAUGGGGUUUACUGACGUGCCUCUCGAAGAUCCACCUGACCGGCCCUCGACCGCUUUUUCGACCGACACCUAUCAACAGGCGACGAACCUCUUUUCAGACUUUGACGGCGUUCACUGUGUUCCCUACCGUCGUGAUUCUAGUGUAUCACGCCAGUAUUCUUUGAAUAAGCCGCCUCUGGCUAGCGACGCGCAAUACUACGAAGAGCCGCAAGCAGGGCAGAAUUUGGUGUAUUAUCCCGCACCUAUUCCCAAGGUGCUGAACCUCCCUCAACGUCUGUCAAAGAGGCCCCCAGUCUCCGAACACGAGAAGCGUCGUGCUCAACUCCUGAACACUAUUGCCGCCGAUGAUAAGGCUGCAGAAGGGAAUGAGAACAGAAAAGGCAAAAGGGCCUCAAACAUCCCGCCGCAGUUGCGUGCCAGUGUCUUCUUUGAGCAGCCUUCCUCUUCCUUGAACAUUCAGAUGAAAGACCAAUCCGCUGUGGUCACCUUGGACAGUAUUUUGGACGCCUCUGCACAUGCGCCUGUGACUGCCUUUACGGAUCACCCCAUUGUUGGUCAUGUUGGAUCUGAAGUAUACGGCAAGGCGAGUAAGAAGCCGUCAUCGAAAGAUCUGGCUGAGAAGAAGAAGAAGCGUCGUUCGAAACUCCGUAAGAGCAUACCCAACCCGGAGUCUAGCGCACCCCAUGAUCCCUCAAGCCAAGCACACGGUGACUCCGACCAGGAUGUUGCAGAAGCGACUCCUCUUCGGAACGGUGGCCAGGAAGGAGAGGGUCCUUCAGGCUCGGACCGAGAUGAACAUGACGGCUCUCACAGCAGUGGCGAAGACGACCAUGACGAUGAGGAAUCUAGCGAGGGUCAGGAGGAAGAGCCGAUUCCUUAUGGACGGCCUACAACCCUUCUCGCUGAACUGGAAAGGAGAAAACAUGAACAGAAGCAGCGGAACCGUACAGCGGCCACGGCAUUCCCGAACGGCAUGCACUCUACCCUCUUGGAGCUGGAUGCGGUCGCUCAAGCGCAGAGCAAUGCCCGGCGAAACAAACAAGUGACCUUGGCUUGGGAAGCGUCGCCGUCUGAGGACCCAGACGCCGAGGACGACGAAGACGUGCCCCUCGGGGUCCUGUAUGCUGGCAAGAGCCCAGUGUUGGCUGAAAGACGACCUCUUGGUUUGCUGGAACGACGGGAGCUCGAGGAUAAUGAACCCCUGAGCAGACGACGCGCAAGGCUCCGGGGGGAGGCUCCGCCAGACCCCAUGCCUACGAAGCGUGCCAGUACGAUGAUGCACCCUCCAGCCUCCGGGCCAGCAGAGUCGGACAGUGAUGAAAAUGAAACCCUUGCUCAGCGCCUCCGCCGAUUGAAAGCCCAAAAUCAGUCGAAGAGUGUUAUUUCCUCGGACUUUGCUAACGAGAUCAUGGCGGAACUCAACAAUAUUGGUGAUCCCCCGCCCGAGCAGCAGAAGAAUUCCCAGCCGGAGGGGCCCGUGGACGAGGAGGAAGAAACGCUCGGUCAACGCAAGAAACGCCUGCAAGCCGAGGCCAAGGCGCAGAAGGCUGAGAGGGGCCCUGAUCCCAAGGUCCGCAGGAGCAUGGCGGAUAUCCUGCAGGCGUAUCCCUCUUCGAACGCCCGCCAUAGCCAGGCACCCAUUGAUAAUCCUCGCGCUUCCCGUAUAUCGACCAACCAAGCCCCGAUGCACCCUAAUCGCAUGUCUGCGAUGUACAGCAUUCCUCCAAACAUGACUUAUCCGGCUACGGGAUUGCCUCAUUAUCCGAGUGGCUAUGGGGCUAUGCCCGGCUAUGGGAUGCCGUCUGCCUAUGGAAACGGAUUCCACAACAACUCCUUCAUGCACAGCCCUAGCCAGAUGGGAAUGAAUGGCUUUGGUUCUGGCAUGCCGCAGGCACCAGGACCCUCGAUCCAGCAGCCUACCAUUGAUCCCAAGCAGCGGGAAAUGAUUGAUCGUUGGCGGCAGAGCAUCGCGAUGUAG